AUGGAGUCACCAGCGGCCCAGGACGCGGCUGAGAGCUCGCCCUUGUUGCAGCCUGCAUCGUCUACUCCCUCGCCGUCCUCAUUAUCGAACGCAUCACCCUCCCAGCCGCCGCCGCCGCCUCACCCUGCGCAUGCCUUGCCUGCGCUUUCGACACCGACGAAGCAGCAGCUACGAGAAUCGGCGCCGGUGCCUGUAUCGCCGUCUGCUCUGGCGCGGCCCGGAUCUGCCGGGCGACUCAAGACUGCGCGCACUGUCACCUUCGAUCCCAACCCCGUCACGCGCACGAUCGAGCCUCCCCCAUCGACGUCGCCGCCCGUCCAUGCCAUUGCGCCGUUAUCGUCCCGCCUCCGCGGCAGUGCUCCGCCUGCUACAGUAACGACACCGGCCCUCAGUGCGACAGCACCCUUGUCUUAUGGCACAACAUCGUCCGCAUCGAGCACGCGGCCAGGAACAGCCGGCAGUGGUGGCCCGCCGGUUCUCUCCGCGAUCAACAACCGGCUCCGGCGACGGAAUAGCUAUGGCUCAGGACCGCUGGGCAUGACGCAGCCGCCCAUGCAGCUGCCCAAGAUUGGUCCGCAGCGGAGCACGAAAAAUGCGCAGAAGCUCAAGCUGCUUCCCAACCCUGAAUUUGGCGAUGAGGGCCCGGACGAGGAGAGUGGACGUGAUGUAUACAGCCAGUACACCCGCAUCAAAGACCCUACCGCGCGGCGUGAUGCGGCCCUGCUCGGCAAGGCAGAUCGCGCACGUCUUCCACGUGUCACGGCCUACUGCACGGCCAACCGUUACGACAUGGACGGCCUGGUGCGCUUUCUCAAGGGCCGCGGAAAGACGCGAGGUGGCAAUCCCAAACUGAUCGACGAGUGUAUUUACACGCCGUACGACUAUGAUUUCAGCAAGAAUGGGGGUGAAGCUGAUGGCUUUGGCGGUGGUGGCAGCAACCGGAGAAACCGUAUCAGCCACCACAGCUAUAUUGGCGGCGGCAGCGGACACGUUCGCCACAGAGGGGUGGACGAGGAUGCAGAACGCCACGAGCAGCAACGCCAGAAGCAGCAGCAGCAGCAGCAGCAGCAGCAGCAGGAACGGGACGAGCUUCAACGUCAACAACAAGAGCAGCAACAGGACCAGCCGUAUCGAGACGUGGAUAGACAGCGCGACUCGCAGCUACUGCCGUCUGCGUCUUAUUAUCAAGAGCGGCGGCACUCAGCAGGCGAAGCUGAUGCUGGCCACACGAUACAGCGGCGUGACGACUUGAUCGACUUGGACGGAGGAAGCCAGGAUGAGAGAAACCGACAGAGCGAGCAAGCAAUUGCAGACGACGACGAAAUCAUGCCUCGCUCUUCGCAGCAGACGGACGACGGAGGCUACAACAACGGCCACGAAGACGGCAGCUACUUUGACGACAAUCUCCACGAGCAACACGAUGACCGGCACAACCAGAGUCAGCGGGGUCAGCUAGACCAAGAGCAGCACCACCACAUGAUCCACCGGCAUCAGCGCCAAGCAGAAGAGGCUGUUUUGGACCUGCUGAGCGGCGACGAAUUGGACCGGCAAGCCGCUGGGAACGACCACAACCAGCUGCGAGACGAAUUCGAGCAGCAGCUGCGCGGCGAGCGACCGGUCGACUUUGACAUCCACGUGCACACGCCGGAGCUGUUCCUAUUCGACUACGGCGUGGUGGUGAUCUGGGGCAUGUCGGAGGCGCAGGAGCAGCGGUUCUUGAAGGAGCUGGCCAAGUUUGAGCUGGAGAAACUGGCCGCCGACGACAUGGAGGUUGAGUUCUUCAACUUUUACUACACGCGCGAGUACCAGGCGCGCAUUUACAACGACUUUAUCGCGCUGCGCGACAAGAACAAUUACAUGACGAAGCUGGCCAUUUCGCACGCGCUUGCACAGAGCGUCAAGACGUCGCUGUUUGAAGAGCUCAUUGCGUCGACUAUCGACACGUGCAAGGACAUACCAACGCAGAUUGCGCUGACCGGCACGAUCGCGCUGAACCGCACCGAGAUCAACAUGCAGAUUGGCGAGCUGUUUAUUCUUCGCAUCAACAUCCACCUCAACGGAUCCGUGCUCGACACGCCGGAGCUCUUCUGGGUGGAACCGCAGUUGGAGCCCGUGUACCAGGCCGUACGCAGCUAUCUGGAGAUGGACCAGCGCGUUGGCCUGCUGACGCAGCGACUCGACGUGAUUGCUGACCUGUUGGCCGUGCUUAAAGAGCAGCUGAGCCACGGCCACGGCGAGAAGCUAGAGUGGAUUGCCGAGAUUCUGGUGGCGGCCAUCAACAUCGUGGUCGACCUGUAUGCGGGAGUGUAA